CGCCCUGCUCUCGGCCGCUCCCAGUCUGUCCCCGCCGCCCUCGGCCCCCACGCCUGGACCCCCACUCAGCCCCCCACCGAGGGGGUGGUGGCCACCACGGCAGCUGGCAGCCAGGACACCGAGUGGGGCAGCCCCACCUCCCUGGAGGGUCACCUGGGCUCCGUGGCCAUCUUCUGCGAGGCUCUGCAGCAAGCUCAGGUCAAGGCGCUCUUCUGCGCAGGGCCAAAUGUCACAUCACCUUUUACGCUGGAAGGUGAUUUGGUGGAGCUCAGCAGCAAGCUCUUGCUGUACUACACUCCACAGGCUUGCAGGAACAACAUCUGCCUGGACCUCUCUCCCAGCCACAGCUUGGAUGGGAGGCUGACAGGGCACAAGGUGGUCAACUGGGACAUCAAGGACGUGGUCAACUGCGUGGGUGGCAUGGGCGUGCUGCUGCCCCUGCUCGACCAAGUGGUGUCCAAGAAGGAGGAGCCCGAGGAUGAGCAGGAGACCAACAACCUGGUGGGGCCAGAGCUGACGUCCUCCAGGAAUGCCCAGGGCAUGCUCAUCCCGUUGGGCAAGUCCUCAGAGAGCAGGCUGGAGAGGAACAGCGUGGCCGCCUUCCUGCUGCUGGUGAAGAACUUCAUCCAGAACCACCCGGUGAACCAGGAGAGCCUGGUGCAGUGCCACGGGCCGGCCAUCAUCGGGGCACUGCUGCAGAAGGUCUCCGGUCCGCUGCUGGACAUGAGCACGUUGAUGGCCUCGCAGAUCCUCAUGGAGCAGGUGGCCUCUGAGGGCAGCGGGCUCCUGCUGCACCUCCUCUACCAGCAUCUCCUCUUUGACUUCCACAUCUGGAGCAACAGCGACUUUGCUGUCCGCUUAGGUCACAUCCAGUAUCUGGCCAACGUCGUCAAGGACCACAAGCAGCGCAUCCGCAAGAAGUACGGGGUGCAGUACAUCCUCGACUCCAUCCGGACGUACUACGGCACCUCCAGGGAGAAGACUACAGCCACCGAUGACAUCAAGACAGUGCAGACAUCCCUCUUCAGUCUGGUGAAGGAUUUCUUCUGUAGGAGCUUCUCUGGGGAGGAGAUGCACAGCUUGCUGAGCUACCUGGCCGGGGCACAGGACGAGCAGCAGGUCUGUGGGGCGCUGGAGGUGAUCCACAGCCUGCUGAAGGGCUCGCCUGCCCAGGAGCAGCUCUUCGCCUUCCUCUUUGAGCCAGGCCACGUGGAGAUUCUCUUCUCACUGCUGGUGCAGAAGAAGUUCUCAGAUGAAGUGCGGGAGAGGGUCUUCAAGGUUCUCUACAAGAUGCUGAAGUAUGAGAAGGUCCCCGAGCGUAGCAAGAACCGCCUGAAGCUGAAGGACAUCGGGUAUCAGGGACUCAUCACCUGCCUUAGCGACGUGCCCGGCUCCAUGCUGCUUUUCCGCUGCCUCUCAGAGCAGGUCCUCGGGGCAGACCCUCCCAACUACAAGGACCUGGUGGCCGUGGUUUACCUGUCCCACCGGACCGAGCUGACCGUCCGGCUUGAUAUCUGCCGCAAGCUCUUCCACUUGAUCUACGCACAGCAGGACAUGGUGAAGCAGCUGGCGAGGUUGGCCGGCUGGCAGGACACGCUUACCAAGCUCUAUGUUAUGAGGUCUCGGACCAGGAGCUCUCCGAGGGCUUCUCCGACCACUCCAUCUCCCCGAGCGGCCGCACCAAGUCCUUCCACUCCUACAACUUCAAGUCCCUCCAACCCUGGUGAUGGUCCUCCCUUUGAUGGUGUCUACCACCCACUCUCACCCUUCUCCACCUCACCCUUCGACCUGGGGCUUGACCUGGCCAGCACCAGCUCCAUUGCCACGGCCGAGAGUGGCACGCAGACCCCUGCCAGCGGCCCCGGCACCCCCUCACCCUUGGAGAGCUUCAAGCCCUUCCCGGGGAUGCGAGCACGCAAGAGCUCCAGCCUCUCAAACGUCCUGGAUGAGAGCAGCUACCAAGAUGCUCUGCCCAGUGAUAAUGUUUCCAACACCAGCAACCCCCAGCAAACACCCGAGGAGGAGCUGUGCAACCUCCUGACCAACAUCGUCUUCUCGGUCACCUGGCGCGGGGUGGAGGGCUGGGACGAUGCAGCGUGGAGGGAACGUGGGCAGGUCUUCUCCGUCCUCACCAAGCUGGGGACAGCGUGUGAGCUGGUGCGGCCCCCUGAUGAGAUCAAGCGCAGCCUCCUGGAGAUGAUGCUGGAGUCGGCAUUGACGGACCUGAAGGAGUCAGGGCCAUCCGCCGUGCCUGGUCUCACCCACAACGCCCUCAAGCUGCUGCGGCUGCUCCAGGACUUCUUGUUCUCCGAGGGACACAACAACCAGGCCCUGUGGAGCGAGAAGAUCUACGAGGGGGUGAGCAGUCUGCUGGACAAGCUGGGCGUCUGGUACCACCUGGCCAACGGCACCUCCGACCUCAAGGAGAUGGCCCAGACGGGUCUACGCAUCCUCGUGGGCUACAUCAUGCUGCAGGACCCCCAGCUGCACUCGCUGGCGUACGUGAAGCUGCACAGCCUGCUGCAGACCGCCUCGGCCCCCAAAAAGGACGAGGCUUGCUACCUGCUGGGCAAGCUGGAGACCCCACUGCGACGCUCGCUGGAUGCCAAGUCGGAGACCUUCUCCUGGUUGGUGCCCAUCGUUCGGACGCUCAUGGACCAGUGCUACGAGACCCUGCAGCUGCAGCUCUUCCUGCCCUCAUUGCCCCCGACCAACGGCAGCCCCACUUUCUAUGAGGACUUCCAGCUCUUCUGCACCACCCCGGAAUGGAGGGGCUUCAUCGAGAAGCACGUGCAGCCCACCAUGGCCCAGUUCGAGAUGGACACCUUUGCCAAGAGCCACGACCACAUGUCCAAUUUCUGGAAUGCCUGCUAUGAUGCCAUGAUGAGCAGCUCCCAGCGGCGGGAGCAGGAGAAGGCAGCCAGCCGCAAGAUGUUCCAGGAGCUGGUGCUGGAGCCGGCGGCGAAGCGCUCCAAGGCGGAAAACAUCCGGCACGCCAACGUGCUCAAGCAGGCCAACAACCACCACAGCACCGUGCUGAAGCAAUGGCGGUCCCUGUGCCGCCUCCUCACCUCGCCCCGCUCCGCCUGGGCCGACCGGAACCCACCGGAGGUUCGCUGGAAGCUGUCAAGCGCUGAGACCUACUCUCGGAUGAGGCUGAAGCUGGUGCCCAACCUGAAUUUUGACCAACACUUGGAGGCCAGCGCCCUACGGGACAACCUGGGUAAGGCUGAUGGGAGUGGGGCACCCAGGGGUUCCCUCCCACUCGCCAUGGCCAAGGAGGCCAAGGUGAGCGAGCUAGAGGAUGACCAACUGGCUGAGGAGGACCUCCCCGUCCUGGACAACCAGGCUGAGCCCAAGGAGCAGAAUCAGCGGGAGAAGCUGGUGGUCUCAGAGGACUGCGAGCUCAUCACGACGGUGGCUGUCGUCCCCGGACGCCUGGAGGUGACAACCCAGCACGUCUACUUCUACGACGGCAGCAGCGAGAAGGAGGAGACAGAAGGAGGGAUCGGCUAUGACUUUAAGCGCCCCUUGUCCCACCUGCGUGAGGUCCACCUGCGCCGCUACAACCUGCGCCGCUCCGCGCUCGAGCUCUUCUUCAUUGACCAAGCCAACUACUUCCUCAACUUCAAAAAAAAG